AUGCACGACCAGGCUCGCCCUUGGAAAGGCCUUAUAGAUAAUCCGUUUCUGACGUUCGAUGACACGAUUCCCGACCUCAAGACUCAACGUACUGAGCUAGAAGAGUAUGUGUGGGAAUUUGCUUCAUUAGCCGGUCUCAAAGACCGCUAUGAGUUGCUUCGAUUUGGUGCUCGUCUCGCUCGAGACAAGUAUGAGACUAUGAGAAAAUACGCGGAUGAGCUCACAGAUUCGGAAAAGCUGUUGUUGGAGAAGGAAAAGGAUGAGAGUACAGGCUUUUGGAAGCAGUCCAAAUUUCUGCGCGCGACAAUCAUGACCGCAAGUCUUGCGGUUCCAAUAUAUGCGGCUGAAAUAUCACCGGAGCAUAUACGUGGCGCUGUUCUGGCGAACUGGCAGCUUGCUGAUGCAGCCGGCAUCUUUCUCGGGUUUCUGGCAAACUUGCUGGUCGUUGUUUAUGUGGAGAAAGCGGCAUCAGCAUGGCGCAUUCUUACGAACACUGUGCUCAUCCCCACAGUGCCAUUGCUGGUGAUGAUAUACUUGAUGCCGGAAUCGCCGCGAUAUUUGAUGAAGCAUGGAAAAUACCCCAAAGCACUCGAUGCCUUCGAACAGGUCCAGACCACACGUUUACUAGCAAGUCGGGAUUUCAUGUAUGCGCAUGCUCAGCUGGAUUUCGAAAGCCGACUCUUAAAAGAGGAGACAAAUGAGCUUGGCACCCUGGCCGAUCGCGUAGAUGUUAGCUUGCCGAGCUUUUCUGGAGAGCCAUCUUCGCCAUCGCCAAAUCGCGUACGAUUAGAAAGGGGUGCUGAACACGGAGCCGUAUCGCCAGGUCGAUUCGCGCUAGAUCCCAAUGUCGAGGGAACGAAGUUAGGGGCAACAGCGGUCCGGAACGAUAGCCAGCACCAAGUCAGGUCGCAGCCCGAGCAAAACGAAAACAGCAACAUUGAGCUCGCGACAUUGAAUAGGAGGUGGAGUGACAUCUCCAGCCUAAACUUCGAGGUUGGGGUGAAACGAACGAAGAAGAACAACCCGUACUCGUACAACAUCGGUGUCAACGGCUACUACAAGCGUCUGAGGGAGUUAUGGUCCAAUAAGCGGUGUCGACGAGCAUUGCUGUGCGCUUCCGUGUCCAUGAUCACCCAGACGCUGACAGGCGUCAAUACGAUCGCCUUCUUAGGUCUGGCCUUUGGAGCAGCGAAUUACAUGUUCGGGCUUCCUGCUUAUUGGUCCUCGGAUCGAUUGGGACGUUCCGUCAUGCUUUUGCUCGGCCUGCCAAACAUGGCAUGGUCAAUCCUAGUCUUUGCCUUCCUCUUCAAAAUCACCGACACGUCCGUCCAGAUACCAUUGGUCAGCAUCUUCGCGGUCAUCUUCGUUGCCUUUUAUGCCCCGACAGCCGGUACGUCUCCAUUCUCGAUCGCAGCAGAGGUCUUUCCUCUCGUAUCGAGGGAGGCUGGCAUGGCUGUUUCCGUCGCGGUCAACCUUCUGGGUGCUGGCGUAUUGGUACUAGUCUUCCCAUUCCUGCAGGACAGCAUUCGGCCGACAGCUGCAUUCUCUAUCUUCGCAGGCUUGAAUAUGUUGGCGUUUGUACUGGUGUAUUUGUUCGUUCCAGAGACGAGGAUGCGGACCUUGGAAGAACUGCAGUAUACGUUCGAUUUACCAACGGGAUGGCAUGUCGCGUAUCGUGUGGGGUACAUACGACAGCAUGUCUGGGCGAAUUGGUGGAAGUACUUGACUCGCAAGGAGGUUCAGCCGCCGGUUCCGUUCUACGAAUGGGCGCGAGAGACGUAUAGAGAGAUGGAAGGUGCCAGCUGA